UAAAAGAACAGUGAAUGUUGAAUCUAUAAUAAUCAAACUGGUACCUUUGGGCACCUUAGGUAAGCAAAACCUACGUUCUUUAACGCCACAUUAAAUCUUAGCAGUUCUUUUGUUUUCUUGAGGUAGUAUCUUGUUCUGUAGCCCUGGCUGGCCUGGAACUUGUAGUCCUCCUGUCUCUGCCUCCCAAGUACUAGGACUCUACACCUGCACUACUAUGCUCAGCUUAGAUAUUUAAUCAUGUGACACUGACAUCAACAAAGGAACCAGCACUGAAAUUGAUGCAUUACCUCACUAUCUUUUCCACAGGUGGACCUGCAUGAUUUCUUCCUGGGGCUGUCAUGGCUGAGGACACAGACAGAAACCAGAUUGAGAAGCUCCUAAACAGAGUAAAGGAAUUGGAGCAGGAGGUGGAAAGACUUAAGAAAGAACAGGCCAAAAAUCUAAAAGAUUCAAGCAUCAGAGAAAGUUCUUUAGGCUCUGGAAAAGCUAAGCGUGCAUUUGAUUUCAGUGCUCAUGGGCGAAGACAUGUAGCUCUAAAAAUAGCCUACCUAGGCUGGGGAUACCAGGGCUUUGCCAGUCAGGAAAACACAAGCAAUACCAUUGAAGAGAAACUGUUUGAGGCUUUAACCAAGACUCGACUAGUAGAAAGCAGACAGACAUCCAAUUAUCACCGGUGUGGUCGAACAGACAAAGGAGUUAGUGCCUUUGGACAGGUGAUUUCUCUGGACCUGCGUUCUCAGUUUCCAAGGGGCAGGGAUUCAGAAGAUUCUGAUUUAAAAGAUGAAGCUGAUGCUGCUAAGGAGAUCCGCUAUACCCACAUUCUCAAUCGGGUGCUCCCUGCAGACAUCCGAGUAUUGGCCUGGGCCUCUGUAGAGCCUAGCUUCAGUGCUAGGUUUAGCUGUCUUGAGCGGACUUACCGAUAUUUUUUCCCUCGUGCUGAUUUAGAUAUUGAAACCAUGAAUUAUGCAGCUCAGAAAUAUGUUGGCACUCAUGAUUUCAGAAAUUUGUGUAAAAUGGAUGUAGCCAAUGGCGUGAUUAAUUUUCAGAGGACUAUUCUGUCUGCACAAGUGCAACUAGUGGUCCAGAGCCCAGGUGAGGAAAGAAGGCAAGAUCCUUUCCAGUUAUGCCAAUUUGAAGUGAUUGGCCAGGCAUUCCUGUAUCACCAAGUUCGGUGUAUGAUGGCUAUCCUCUUUCUGAUUGGCCAAGGAAUGGAGAAACCAGAGAUUAUUGAUGAAUUGAUGAACAUAGAGAAAAAUCCCCAGAAACCUCAGUAUAGCAUGGCUGUUGAAUUUCCUCUAGUCUUGUAUGACUGUAAAUUUGAAAAUACCAAGUGGAUUUAUGAUCACGAGGUUCAGGAGUUCAAUGUUACCCACCUACAACAUCUGUGGGCUAAUCAUGCUGUUAAAACUCACAUGCUAUAUAGCAUGCUUCAAGGACUAGACUCUGUUAUGGUAACAGGUGGGGCAGGAACAAAAACGGAUGAAGCAACAGAAUGGAGAAGCAUCAAGCCCCCUGUCAUAAAGCACAUUAGUGCCUUCAUAGAAGGAGUGAGAACACGCACAUAUAAGCCCCUCAUGGAUCGCCCUAAAUGCCAAGGACUAGAAUCCCGGAUCCAGCAUUUUGUACGAAGAGGACGCAUUGAACACCCACAUUUACUCCAUAAAGAAGAGUCAAAAGCCAAAAGGGACUGUGCUGAAACAGAAGAAGAAAAUACUGUUUUGGAGAAUCCAACAAAGAGAGUCUGUAUAAUAGAUGCAGAAAUUAACAGCACUGUAUAAUCCCAGGAAGCUAGGAUCUCUACCGGGAUCUAGGAAGCAACCACUAGGUAAAAAUCUAAUGAUUAGCCCUAGCAGGUUCUUAAACAGUUAUGGGUCUAAAUAUUCUCCCCAAAGAAUUAUGAAAGAAGCAAAAGGCACUUGUCCCCUAUAUGCACCUGGAAAUCUGUGCUUUGCAUUCAAAUUCAUUAAAACGUGAUCUCACAAACAUCAUUUGUUGUUCUUUUUCAAGGCAAAUCUGAUAACUAUUAUUCUGAAAGAUCUUUGCCAAAGUGUCUUACUUUUACAAACUUAGAAGUUUUAAGUUCCAUCAAAGAAGAGAUCAAUGGGGUCAGUGGCAGGUAUGAAUCUGCCCGAAAUCUA